AUGGCGGAUCAGACCGAGCGUUCGUACCAAAGGCAGCCAACUAUCUUCCAAAAUACCAAAUGGCAAACUUUGGGAAUCGGAAAGAAGUCCAAGAAACGUGAACGUUACUACAAGAGCAUUGGAUUGGGAUUUAAGACUCCCAAGGAGGUAAGAGCGCAUUUGGAAAAUCUUAUUCUGAAUUCAGGCCAUCGAGGGAACUUAUAUCGACAAGAAAUGUCCCUUCACCUCCAAUGUUUCCAUCCGUGGCUGUAUUCUUAGCGGGGUAGUUACCAAGAACAAGAUGCAGAGGACCAUCGUCGUCAGACGUGAUUUCUUGCACUUCGUUUCCAAGUAUCGCCGUUACGAAAGAAGGCACCGAAACAUCUCAGUGCAUUGUUCUCCUGCUUUCCGGUAAAAAUUGUUCCUUGUUGUACUAGUUUUUUUUGAGCUGUGAAGGUGUAGGAAUGGAGUUAACUUAUUUUUUCUUAUUUCAGUGUGAAUGUCGGAGAUGUUGUCAUUAUUGGGGAAUGUCGAAAGCUGUCGAAGACCGUUCGGUUCAAUGUCCUCAAGGUCCUGGGCAAAACUGGUGCCAGAAAAGCGUUCGACAAAUUCUAA